CCGUCGUCAUCUCUGUGCGCCGAGCCCGUCGGCAUGGCGCUGUUUCACAUCGCGCGGUACCGGGGCCCCGAGGCGGCGGAGGCAGACGCGGACGCGGACGCGGACGCGGACGUGGGGGCGCAGGGCCGGGCCCGCGCGCUGCUCGAGCGGCUCCAGAGCCGGGCGCGGGAGCGGCAGUGCCGAGAGGCGCCGCAGACCCCGGAUCCUCCGAGCACAGAGGCGGCGGGGAGGCGGCGGCGACGGCCGCGCAGGAGCAGGGGCCGCGGGGCGGCUGGGAGCCCGGAGGCGCCGCCAGGGAAGCGACUGAGGGUGGACGGCGGGGCGGCGGGGCCAGGUGGGCGCCGAGAAACCGGGGCGCGGGGGGCCGGCGCCGUGCGAGGAGCGUCCCCCGGAGAGGGGCCCGAGACCCCCGGAGAGGAGCCCGAGACCCCCGGAGAGGAGCCCGAGACCCCCGGAGAGGGGCCCGAGACCCCCGGAGAGGGGCCCGAGACCCCCGGAGAGGCUCCUGGGUCCCCCCGGCGCAGCCUGGUGCUCGGGGGCUUCCGCCGGAUCCGGGCCCCCAAGCCGCAGCCCUUCCUGCCCGCCUGGCUGGCCGAGCCCCGGUGCGUGGAGCGGAGCGUGGCGGCCGGCCUGGCGCCCCUGGACGCGGUCCCUGAGCUGCACCCCGAGCUGCGGCGCCGGCUGCGAGCGCAGGGCGUCGUUUCCUUCUUCCCAGUGCAGGCCGCGGUCAUCCCCGCUGUGCUGCGCGGCGCGGCCGGCGGCUUCCUGGCCGGCACAGGCGGAGUCCUGCCCCGCGACCUCUGCGUCUCGGCGCCCACCGGCAGCGGGAAGACCCUGGCCUUCGUGAUCCCGGUCGUCCAGGCCCUGUUGCACCGCGUGGUGUGUCGCGUGCGGGCGCUGGUGGUGCUGCCCACCAAGGAGCUGGCCCAGCAGGUGAGCAAGGUGUUCAACGUCUACACGGACGCCACCCCGCUGCGGGCCGCCCUGGUCACCGGGCAGAAGUCGCUGGCCAAGGAGCAGGAGAGCCUGGUCCAGAAGACGCCCGACGGCUUCCGCUGCCUGGCUGACAUCGUGGUGGCCACGCCCGGCCGCCUGGUGGACCACAUCGACCAGACCCCGGGCUUCAGCCUGCGGCACCUGCGCUUCCUGGUCAUCGACGAAGCCGACCGCAUGGUGGACAGCAUGCACCAGUCCUGGCUGCCCCGGGUGGUGGCCGCAGCCUUCCCGGAGGCGGCGUCCGACCACGGGCCCCCCGGGCUGCUGCGGCGUGGGCUGCCCCGGGCCCCCACGGCGGCCAGCAUCUGCUGGCCCCAGAUGCCACUGCAGAAGCUGCUCUUCUCGGCCACGCUGACCCAGAACCCCGAAAAGCUGCAGCGGCUCGGCCUUUACCGGCCCUGGCUCUUCUCUGCAGCGCCGGGCCCUGGCGUGGACACGGAUGAGGACGGGGCCGGUGCCGGCAAGUUCGCCUUCCCUGCAGGGCUCAUGCACCACUACGUGCCCUGCCGCCUGCGUGACAAGCCGCUGGUCCUGUUGCACCUGCUGAACCAGGCCCCGGACGCCCGCGUGCUCUGCUUCACCAACUCGCGAGAGAACGCCCACAGGCUCUUCCUGCUGGUUCAGGCUUUCGGGGGGGUAACGGCUGCCGAGUUCUCCUCACGCUACGGGCCCGGCCGGAGGAAGGCGACGCUCAGGGAGUUCGAGCAGGGCAGGACCCGGCUCCUCAUCAGCACGGACGCCACAGCCCGGGGCAUCGACGUGCAGUCCGUGCAGCUGGUGGUCAACUACGACGCCCCCCAGUACCUGCGCACCUAUGUGCACCGGGUUGGCAGGACGGCCCGGGCGGGCAGGAGUGGACACGCCUUCACGCUGCUGCUCAAAGUGCAGGAGCGGCGCUUCCUGCACAUGCUGGCCGAGGCUGGGCUGCCUGAGCUACAGCGCCAGGAGGUUCGGGAGGAGCUGCUGCGGCAGCUGGAGCCGCGCUACGAGGAGGCCCUGGCGCAGUUGGAGCAAGCGGUCAAGGAGGAGAGGGCACAGAAGGCCGCCUGAGGGGGGGGGCCCCGCGCCAGCACCCCGGAGGACUGCCCCGCCCACAGGAGCCUCAGGAGGGCGAGGCCCCAGUGCCACCUCGCGGGCUCUGGUUAAAGCGGCCCCAGAACUGGCAGCUAAGCGUCAUGCAGGGUGGGGUGUUGUUUCCUUCCAAGCCAGCCUGCCUGCCGCUGUCUGGGGAAACACCCUCGAGGCUGAGAGACAGCAUAGUGGUUCUGGAGGGACUCUCCUGCCUGAGGCUCUGUGGUCUCAAGUUCAAGCCCCAGCACCUCCAUCAGCCAGAGCUGAGCAGGACUCUGGUAUCUCUGUCUUUCACUAAAAUACUAAAAAUGUAAAGAAACAUCCUCU